AUGGCGGCCGUCGACACUCAACGGUCCGCCGAUCUCGUGCGCACCGCUUCGCAAACCUCGACGCUCUCCAACCCCAGGAACCGCAGCAUACAGCGCGUACGGCCAAGCAAACGUGCUUCCAAUACCUCUCUGAGCCGCAGCCGUAGCAGACACCCAUCUCCGCCAGAGGACACUAAGAGCCUAACCUCGUUCCCCUCUUUAUCGCCGAGUCCAGAGGUGUCUCCAGUACAGUCACGCAUCAACGGCUGGUUUCGCGCAACGAGUGGCGUGGCAGACGAAAUUGUCAAAGAUGGCCACAAUAGCACAGUAGCUUCGCCGGACACGGCGAAGGCUGUACCGCCGCCUGACGCUCUCAAGAGCCCUCUCCCAGCGUCCACUGUGAGGAAGGUCACCAAAUCAACACAGCAGAUUGUAGGCAGCUUGAUGGGCGCUCCUUCUGCCAGAGACCGCUCUGCGCUUUUUGAUGAUACGCCGACCGAAGCUUCGAAAGUGCCUGGCAAUUUGCACUUCUCCACCGACCAGAACAUCAAAUAUGCAAUUAAUCAGUCGGGCGCCGUUGCUCUUAUCAGGCAGCUGGCCGGCGAUCUGGCGCAACGAGAUGCACAGAUCACUGCACUACGGCGGAGAGCUGAAGAACGUGAGCGCAUCCUGAAGAAGAUGUUGCAGGAAUGCGAGGUUUCCAACAUGGACAUUGAGACUCGACUUCGUGAUCUUGAGAAAAGCAGGGAGCAGCCAAAUGAACUCACGAAACAAAGGACCCGAGGCGACAGUGCGCUCUCUGGUCUGCAUCCGGACGACUCCAUGGAAGACAGACUAGCACGGGCUAUGGAGGACGAGGUCGCGCAACACCCUGACGCUCUGGGUAUUGACACUGCGAGUUCAGGAACUCGGGCUGACGUAGCCUCAAUCUACUCGACCGCUUCGGACGCACCGCGCGAGACAGGCAAAGCCGGGUGGAAGCUCAAUCUUUGGAACAACACGAGCAGAAAGAGCAGCAGAGCUCCUUCGAUUGCAAGCAUGGUCGAUCGAGAAGCAUCGAGCUUAUCAGGGCAGACCCGAUCUCGAGCAAAUAGUGGAGUCAAGGCACCUCGGAAAGCUCUCGCAAACGAUCUCUUCAUGCCCCCUGGUUCGGAUAAGGGAGGCAACGCAGUCCCUGCGCUGCGGCGCCUGCAGAGUCACGAUCACGGCGGCGAGGGCAUGAGUCGCCGAUCCUCAUCAGUCUCUGUCGCUAGUUGGGCGCUGAAGAUGAUCGCUGGGAAUACUCAGGUGGCCAACACGAAGGCUAGCACAGUCAGAGGCCGCAAGCGCACAGACUCAGAAGAUGUAAACCGUACACAAUCUGUGGUGUCGACACGGACCACUCAGUCUGCGAAGUCGUCUCUUGCAAAUGUGCAGAAGCGAGCUCUUGGUCCAAAUGGAACUAUCAAGAGUCUUGCGGGGGAUACACCCAAGGUUGGCUCCAGCAUCGCGAGUCCGCAGCCUUCUCGUGGCAUGAGCAACCUUGGUCCAGUCGAGAUGGACCGGAUAUUGCCUGAGGACUCACGACCACCAACCUUGGUCCAGCACCACAAUCGCUUUGUAGGAAGUAGCGAAUACGUGACCGAUCGAUUUGGAUUCAUCUACGACCAACGCCGUAAGAAGAGGCAAAGUGAGGCUGCUGCUGCCUUAGCUCAACAUAGGCGGAACAACAAAGUGCAGUCGCUUGGAGGUGGCCGAUCUGCUGUCAAUUUGAUGGGACUUGACGAAGAGAACGAAGACCCAGCGGAAGCUACAGGUGGCGACCCCUCACGACCAUCUAGUUCAGGCUCAGAUGAUCUGAGUAACAAACCGGUAUCUAAGUCUUGGGCAGAUUACCUCAAGCUUUCCACACAGCCUACCGAGCUCCUGUCCCACACACCCUCAGCUGCCCCUAUUACCACUGUAACAUUGGAAGUAGCCGAAGCUGAUUUGUCGAACCCGAAGAGCCAGAUCACGAUGACCAAGCGUGGGUCCUUGCCAUCGACCAGCGCCAACCCAGAACCUGCACCGACCCGUGUCUCUUCGAACCACGCUGAGCUUUCAGUCGUGACUCCUUCUGCGCCUGCAACCCCCAUCAGUCUGUAUCUGCCUUCUCAAACCGAUCCCGUGAAAUCGCUGUUGGAUCAAAUGAGCGAGGUCCACGACACCAUCCAGAAAGAGCGAACGCAAAUCUGGAAUGAGUUUCAAAAGAAGUCCCGAGCCCAACAGAAGCGUGAAGGCGAUGCAGCUGCAGAGAGUGGCUCAAAAGCCAUGCCGGAGACUCUCCUCAAUGACGGCGAGAUCAUUGGCAUUGCCAGCCUAGGCAACAAAGGCAAGGUCGGCCGCGCCAAAUGGCAAGAAUUUCGACGUCUUGUUCUCGGUGGCAUACCUGUCAGCUACCGAGCCAAGAUCUGGGCCGAGUGCAGUGGUGCUUCCAGUCUGCGUAUCCCAGGAUACUAUGAAGACCUUGUCAAUAACGGCGAGACGGAUCCAUCAAUCGCGACACAGAUCGAGAUGGACAUCACACGAACACUCACCGACAACAUCUUCUUCCGUACAGGACCCGGCGUGCAGAAGCUUAAUGAAGUUCUGCUUGCAUACUCGCGCCGCAACCCCGAGGUUGGUUAUUGUCAAGGCAUGAACCUCAUCACCGCCUGCCUCUUGCUAAUUAUGCCCACCGCCGAGGAUGCGUUCUGGAUUUUGGCCACGAUGAUCGAGACCAUUCUGCCUCAGAACUAUUACGAUCAGAACCUACUCACUUCUCGGGCUGAUCAGACUGUUCUGCGCUCGUACGUAGCCGAGCUACUGCCAAGGCUGUCUGCACACCUCGAUGAGCUAGAGAUCGAGCUCGAAGCUCUGACAUUCCAGUGGUUCCUGUCUGUGUUCACUGACUGUCUCUCUGCGGAGGCGCUCUUCCGCGUUUGGGAUGUCGUACUGUGCAUGCACGAUGGCUCUACUUUCCUCUUCCAGAUCGCCCUUGCCCUGCUCAAACUCAACGAGAAGGCGCUUCUGCAGUGCAAUACACCUGCUGGCGUCUACCAUUACAUCAACCACCAGAUGACGAAUCACGCUAUCUCUAUCGACGGUUUGAUCCAAGCGUCGGACGCUCUUGGUCGAUUUGUGAAACGCAAGGACGUCGAGGAUAGACGCGCACGCGCUGUCGCGGCGGAACAGGAGCUUAUGAAGCAGCGCGAGGAGGCGCGAGUCGAGCGCGCCAGAAAGAGGGCAAGUAAAGCUUCGGUUACGACUGAGGAACCAAAGUCGCCUGUCACGGAAGAGGAUGCAAAGUCCAUCUCUGCCAGCCUCAAUGCAGAGCUCUCAAUGAACACGAGCCCGAUGCGAACGCCACUUUCCGGUCAUAGCCAACGCAGCGAUGAGGAAGAAGACGCGGAGCGAUUGAACCGCGAGCUUGAACUCACUGAGCGUACGCCAAUGCCUAUGGAGGAAGAGUUCACGUGGCGAGGAUAG